AUGAAUAACCAUCCGAAAGACGACAUUUAUAUUGAAAAAUUUACAAUAUCUGACAACUCAUCCAUUGAAUCUUUUUAUACGCCUACAGUUGAUUUAUCAAAAAGUGAAAAUGACAAAAAUGAUAUGUUAGAAAUGAGUAUUAAAAAGGAUACUCCACUGUGCAAAAUAUUUCAACGAAAUUACAACGGUCAAUUCCCAAAAUAUAAUUUUUUGAGAUUGCAAAAUAAAAAUGGAAAAUCGCAACAAAAUAGAAAAUUUAGUCACGUCCUUUCGAGGAUGCGAAUUGGGUGUAAUAGGUUAUGUUCUGGGAGGCACUCUCUCGACAUUGACACUUCGUCUGAGGAUGGAAGUUGUGUUAGGGAUAGGAUCCAAAAUGCCCCGCUACUAUUGCAUGACCAUGGUUCAGAUAUUUCCAAAUAUGACAACCAGGACUUCAUAGGCACAGAACAAGGGGACAUUUGGACUAUGGAAUCAAACUUUAUAAGGGAUAGUAAGCUCAAGAAUGCCCGUGGUAAGAGGAAUCCCAGACAUCGUAACCAUUAUUUACCCGUAAUGCCUAUGCCAAUUGAACCUUCGCUAAGCGCCAUGUCUACGGCAAAUUACGAAUUUUUUUCGAACAAGCACACCCAAAUGUAA